AUGUCGUCACCUGCGGCGUCCAAGAGCUCUGCAGCCGAAGUGGCUGAAGGAUCUGAUCAGCCAGGCAACGGAACCCCUCCACUGUCAUCGCCGGGUGGCACAGGCACCUCUCCAGCCGCCGAUACGACGACCAACCGAUCUCGUAGCAACUCUCCCGCUGGAAGCGAGACCGGCUCAGUCGAAUCUGGUGAAUUAGACUCAGCUCCUCCCCUACCUCAAGAGCCCGCGCCCGAUGCUGCUCCUCCCUUGCCUCAAGAACCCGCGCCUGGGUCCGCGGCAGACCCUUCUGAUGACGGCUGGGACUGUCAUUGGGACGCCACCCACAACGCUUGGUUCUUCUUCAACCGCUUCACACAUCAGACCCAGUGGGACAACCCGCGAGUCCCGUCUGCCGCCGCCGCUGCACCCGCAGCUGCGCCGGGCACCGAUGCUGCAACCGAGCCUCUAGCUCCGCCACCUGGCUCUGCGCCUGUCGGCGGUUACAAUCCUGCCAUCCAUGGCGACUACGACCCGAACGCCUGGUAUGCGCAGGGCUACCAGCAGCCCGAGGAUGGGGGCCCCAAGGAGCCGCUGCCCGACCCAGGCCUGCUCUACGUCUCGGGAGGUUUCUUCAACCGCCACACGGGCAAGUUUCAGACCGCGGAUCAGGGGCCCUCGCGUCACAGCGACGAUGCCAAGUCGAACCGCCAGAUGAACGCCUACUUCGACGUCGACGCUGCCGCCAACGCUCACAACGGGCGGAGCCUCAAGGCUGAGCGCAGCGGUAAGAAGCCGUCCAAGUCUGAGCUCAAGGCCUUCAAGGAGAAGCGACGCGCCAAGAAGGAGGAGAAGCGCCGUGCCUGGCUGCGAGACUAG